AUGGGUCUUUUUCAAUGGAUAUUAAGACAAAUUCUUUUUCCAGCGCCUCAUCCACCUACUUAUACAUUAGAAUCACAUAAAGAGAAUCUUCUUUGGCUGCAGCCAAAUCGGAAUUCGUCAACUAAUCUGCCUAUACCAUGUCUACAUUAUUCUCCGAAUAAUGCAGCCAAAUAUUUUUUUCUCUGGUGUCAUGGAAACGGAUGUGAUAUUGGAAGUAUGAGCAGGACAAUCUCAGCAUUAAGUCGACGAGUUCAAGCACAUGCACUCAUCUUUGAAUAUCCUUCCUAUGGUCUAUUAUCAGGUGCACGAGUAUCGCCAAGUCAAGAAUCGAUAAAUGAUCAUGCUGAACGUGCGUAUUUAUUCAUUCGUGAUACACUCAAAUGGCCAACCGAUCGAAUUAUCGUCUAUGGACAUUCAAUUGGAAGUGGUUCUGCUUGUUAUCUUGCAUCAAGAUAUGACAUUGGUGCGCUUAUUUUACAAUCUCCAUACACAUCUAUCAAAAAUAUCAUUGGAAGAAAAAUUGGAAGAGUGGUCAAUUUAUUCAAUAUUCCGUAUUGGAAUAAUUCUCAAACAUUGAAAGAUAUAAAAUACCCAAUACUGCUUAUACAUGGUCAACGAGAUAAUUUAAUUUCAUCGGAAGAAUCGCAAAUAUUAUAUGAUUCAUUAGCAGAAAAUACUAAGAAACAAUUAGUUUUCUUACCCGAUGAUGAUCACAAUUCAAUCAGUGAUCCAGUCAUGUUAUCACAUGUUCAACCAUUUCUUAAUAAAUAUUUUAAUGAGCCAACAGUAUCCUUGCCGGAUAUAAAGAUUGAUCCAAAAUUACGUGAAGUGCCUCCGAAUAUGCCGGAUAAUUCACGAUUCAAACUAAUUCCAUAUUUAAUCAAUCUUAUACGAUCAAUAUUUCAACCAUAUAACCCACCAAGUCGUAAUGAAUAA